GAGUGAGUGAGUGGGUGAGUGAGUGAGUGAGUUAAUACGGAACGUAGCAUGUCUAUGUUGGAUGGUAUGCGUCACAACGGGCAGGGGUAGUGGCUUAAGAGGUCACAUUUUAAUACUCCCAAAUCAUCUACAACCGUAUAAGCUGACCUGUAUUAAGCGGCCACCCGUCUUAAAAGUUGAGCUGAUAACAUGGACUCUUCAUUUGGAAGGAAAAGUGAAAGACCAAAGAAGAAGAAGCGGUCAUUCUCUCCUGAUGGUGAGAUUGGUGAAUCAAGUACACAAGCAGUACACAAAAGAAGAAAGAAAAAGCAUAUCCUACCACCUGCUUAUGGCGCAAAUAGACCAUAUGAUCGUCUGUCGAAUGGGAUGCCGUUUUGUUGUGACCUGUGUAAAUCUCCUUACGUGUGCAAUCCCCGGAUGUCAAAGAGAGGUUCUCGGACAAACCGCAGCAAGCAUCAGCCAUGUCCUCGUAUUAAAACCGAUUCUAUUACAGGACGCAAACUGACUCUUUGCAAUGCUUGUGGAUUGGCUUUAGAUCGUCCAAAGCAUGCAAAGAGAACACCUAAACCAACUUUGACUGAAGAGGAUAAGAAGAAAUACUUGGCUGAAGCCAAACGAUUUGCAGCAACGUUGGCUAAAGAUUUGAAAGAACCAGAAGUCGGAGAUCUUUACUGCCCUACAAUCAAACGAACACCAUGCAAAUGUCUACAAAGAUACAUUCUACGUGGCACAACAAAGGAAGCAUGUGGUGUAAAUGCUCGACUUUUGGUGAAUCUUUUAAUGGAGGCAAGACGCCUGGCUUCACUCAAGUCCUAUGACAUUAAUCAAAUGACCAUGACUGGCAAGAGAGGCAAAAAAUAUAGAAACAUUGGUUUGGGAAAUGGUCAGAAACGGUCGAAGCAGUUUGAACAUUUUGUGAUGACCAAGAGACAUUAUCUGCGUAAUGAACUUGAACUCUGUGAGAGGGCAACACAAAAAGUUCUCUGCUAUUCAAACAACUUUCUCCACAAGAAACUGAAAACAGAAGAGCGUGGCUGUCGGAUUGAGCGAGUGCGAGGAAAGUGUGCUCUUGGACAGCUGAUACCGUUGAAAGUAUUAUACAAACAUCACUGCUGCAUUGACAACUGUGUCAGGAUGUCUCUGACACAUUUACUGCUUCUUGAACAAUGGCGUGAGCGGGCACAGACCGGUCAAGCUGAGGCACGUCGAGUUUUAGCAGAGAUGCUUACACCUUCUGGAGGAAUACGGCAAAACUGCUAUAAGUUCAUUUCCAUGGUAACAGGAUGCAGUCAGAGUACAGUGUGCAAGGUUAAUGAUCAGAUGAAGGAAACGGGUGGUGAGAGGGAGCCACCUAUCCAUGGUCUUCGAAAGUAUUGGUUAACCUGUACACUGAAGGGGAAAAUGGCUCCAAUGGACGGCAGCUUAUCCACUACCGGACACAUGGAGCAACCUGACACCCCCACGUCUACAGUGAGUCAGUCGACUGAUCAGUCGAAUCAGGAGGCCGAGGUCACUUCAACAACAAGUUGCCCAGAUCAGGCGACAAACUGUGCAGAAUUGAAUACAUCCUCGCUAAAUUCUGAAGUGCAACGAGAGAAGUUGCUACAACUACAGCAGCAACUGUUGCAACAGCAGAAGAACAUACAGGAGCAGCAGCGCAUUGUCCAGGCACAGCUGCUGCAGCACACACUGGUUCAGCAAAUGACCAAGUCGGACGACUCUCCACAGGCAUCAUCUGAGCACUUACCCAGACCAGAUGGGUCAUCGGGUGUUCUACUUCAACAGCUGGCAAGCCCAGAUGACUCUCACCCAAGACGGCUGUCUGAUCCAGAUCAGUGUCAACAGGCCCACACUCGUCAGAUGUCUACAGCGGACCAGUCUCCAGAAACUGCGUUCCAGCUAAACUCUACGCCAGAUGGGUCACAGCCGAUUCUGCAGCAGCAGAUAACUAAGCCAGCUGGAUUACUAAAUCAUCCACCGUCUCAGACGGAUGGACCACGGCCAGCUUUAUAUGAGUUGACGCCGACACAAGAUGGGUCACAGUGUGUUCUUCUGCAGCAGAUGGUGAAGCCCGAUGGAUCGCAGCCGUUCAUAAUGCAGCAGUUCCCUAAAGAGAUAUCACCUCAACAGGCGUUGCCUCAGAUUGUGUCUGCACAAGUUGCUGUUCCCGACACUUCAAAACCAGAUGGAUCUUUUCAAGGAUUUCUUCAGCAGUUUUCUUCAGCGGAUCCAUCGCACCAGCAGCUUCUUCAGUCAGUUCCUGUUUCUGGUGGACCUCAUCAGGUCUUAUUUCAACAGUUAACCAGAUCUCAACAGGUUCCGAUUGCUCAGAUGCCCAAAUCAAAUGAAUCAGUUCAGUUCACACUGUGUGGAUCACAGCAGGUUCUUCCUCCACAAAUACAGGCUAAUCCAGCUUUGUAUCAACAAUCACCAAACACCUUCCAGGGUGUAACAAGUGGCCAUUGGACAGAGAAGCAUCAUCUGGCAACCAGCCAAACCAUUUCUGCUCUUCAUAAUAUCAAACAAAGUGAUCCACAUCACGUCACAAGAGAUAGAUCAGGAAUGGCACACGGCAGUGGACUCCAACCAGCUAUAGCACAUCAACAUACAAAUAUCAGUCUACAAAAACCUUCACAAGUUCAGCCUCAACUUAGUGUUCCUCUUCGACAUGUGUCUCCAGCUGGGAGAACAGACCGGCAGACGCAGUCUUCAUCCUCUAAUUCAAAUCAGCCUAGAGAGUCAGAUGGAAGCCAAGCAAACAUUGCAGCUGUACCUUUAAUGAUUUUACACAGGGGGACACAAAAUCAACAAAUUCAGUUUCCUAUUGUAUCGGCACCUGCUGUUGUGGUGUUAGAAAAUGAGAAAUUAGCAGCGAACAUUAAAAAUCCUACAUUGUCAGCCAGUGAGAAAGAUAAAACGAAUCUAAAGAAUAACUCUGCUACUCCAUUCCUGUUUCGUCAAAGCAGAAAUCAAGGAGUUAGAGUUGUCACUCCUGUUAUCCCAGAAAGUUUUCAAGUUCAUAUUCUUCCUCCCAGUCAGGUGUUCAAAGAAACUCAGAGGUCUUCCGUCAGUUUAAAUAGUGAGUCCGAAAUUGGCUCUAAAAGAACGGUUAUGUCAACCAUGCUUAUUCAGAACAUGGCUGACAAUCCGUGUCCUCCAGAAAUACCUGGUCCUCCAGCCACUCCAGUAUCUUAUGCUACCAGGGACAAACCAUUAAUAUUUAACCAUCCCGAGCCAGUGCAGCAAAAUUCUCUACCGUUUGUUGCAUUCAACCCAGCUUCGGUUUCUUCCUCUGGUGCAAGGAUUCAGAUUCUGAGUCCUGUGAACCUGCAACAGAUUCAGGAGAUGAUCAGUCAGGGGAAGGUGCAGCAGAAUUGUUCACCGUCUGGUGUUCAUGAUACAAAUAUGUUAAAUUCUGUUGUUUCACAUGUACAACAGCAGAAUCAAAGACAGAAAAGGCAGAUUGAUGAUUCUUCGGCAGUGGUGCAUCAGUCCAGAAAUAUGGUUAAUACUGCUGCAGUAAAACAUCCAGUGGGUUUUGCACUUCCUGGCCAGAGUUCUAACAGAUUGGCAAUUUCAUCAUCAAAACCCUGUACAACCUCAAGCGUACACCACACUGACAAAGUUUCUCAAACUGAAAAGAUGCUGCCCGAAAUUCCGUCUUCAGGACUGUAUAGUUCAUCACACAGUACCGUGCCCAUGACUGUUAUAAGCAACCAGCCCAAGACUAGCAAUGCAAAACCUAACAGGUCACAGAAUGCUCACAACACUUUUCAAACAAUGGCUGCAUCAAAUACCAAUUCAGCUGAUCAAAAAAUACCACAGCAGGCACAAGGGAAUACAUCUGAAAAUAUAAAUCAUCCAAUGCUUGUUGAGCCAACGUCAUUUGUACAUAUUGACUCCAAACUUGGAAGACAACAUUUACAGUACAGCCUUGAGCCCACCAUAAAUAGUCCAUUAUUCUUACAGCCUACUUCGCCAGUGAUGGAAUCCUUGAAUAAUAGACAAAUUCAACAUUUUCUUUCGAAUGAUGACUUGUCAAGACCCAUCUCUGCAAGAACUCUCGACUUUGACUUCAGCUGUUCACCUUUAACUGUGUCUGACCGUGACAGCAUAUUAAGCCGCAGUAGAAACAGCAGCGGGGAGUCCAUAGAGCCAACAAUAUCCUUGGACACGUCAUCUCUUCCUAGAGAACUGCUGCAGCUUUUUAUUCAGCAAGGAAUCCCAUUUACCAUAUCUAAUGGUCAACAAACUUAGGGAUGUUUCACUUACCUAUGAAUGGUAGACACUGUAUGUGAUUACCUCAGACGGCAUUCAUAACUUAGGGAUGUUUCACUUACCUAUGAAUGGUAGACACUGUAUGUGAUUACCUCAGACGGCAUUCAUAACUGAGAAGUGAUCACUCAUUGGUGUGAGGUACCAUAUUAAUGGGCUCUUUAGUUCAUACUGACCACUGACUUUGUCAUUACUAACCACAAUGUCAUCAUCAUUUGGUACACAUACAUUAUGACAAUGUAUUUAAAAGAUUUUGCAUUUACACAUCUCAAAUUCGUAAUAAAAAGUUAUUUCAA